CCUCGUACAACAGCAUACCCACCUGCGCACCCGUCUUCUUACUAAUGUAUAAUCUACGAACCCUAUGAAUCACCACGCGCACCGAUUAAUCUCUAGUAUUGGAAUAGAUGGCGGUAAAGGACGAGACAGCGCGCACACGCAUCGCCAACAUCAAAGCAGACUUACGAUCAACCUCGACAUGCUCGAAUGCGACGAUUACCUCAUUACAGGACCUGCUCCUGAAAAAGAAAGAGGAGCUACCGGAGAAGGAGAAUAUCAGGGUCAAAGUUCAGGCAACGGCGCGCAGGAAAGCUGGGACGACCACUGCGUCGGUGGAUGCCACAAAGCAGACUUCGAACGCGCUGGCACCAAAGGAGAGAUACAUACUGGCGACUGAGGUCGCUAAUUUAACACUCAAGACCCUCGCGGAUUCUCUGAAGAAUCCACCGUCUACGCUAGCCUCGCGACCCUCCUCCCAAUUGAAACCCGCUAUCAGCGACGAUGCGCGCAAGCCUACAAGACCACGCACCGGUCACGCAAAGACGGCCUCGGUCUCGCAGAAGCCUCUGAAGGAACGAUCUGUCUCUCAAAUGAACAACUCGCCUCGAAAACCACCGAUCCGCCGAUCCUCGUCCUUCUCCUCCCUAGUAACGUCGGGCCCCGAUGCUGGCUUGGUCGCGACGGCCGAGUGCGCAAGGAUAGCUUUUGCAUAUCUGGGCACAACGGAAGCUAUAAAAGUCUUGGGCAAGGACUCACAAGAGUUGCAGUUCGAAAAUGGUCUUCUUGUUCUGAUAGGAAAGCUCGUUGCGCUUGGGUUAGACGGUCUUGCCAUCAAAGAACUGCGGAGCUUGAAAAAAAGAUUGGAUAGAUAUAUAGCUCAUGACACCGGGAAUAAAGCAGCGGGGGCUGAAAGUGCUAAAGCAGGUCCUCAACGCGCUGCGACUACGGAGAAGGAGAGCCUAGCAACACUCCUAGACUUUGGGACAAUUGAUCUGGACAGCCCUGCUUUGUCACUCAUUACGAACCUCCAAACCUACACACUGCGAAUCAUCGCAAAGAUGAAGAGACCUCGGAUCGUGGAAGCUGCCUGGGAGUACCUAAAGUUGGACAAUCCUUCCUCCGCCGCAAAUCUGAUUUGGCAUAUUGCAAAGACCACGAAUGGCCAGUCAAAAGUGGCAAGACAGCUCGAAUCACUUGCGCAGACACUCCUCGCUCUGUGUCCAAGUAUAUCCAGCGCAUGCGAUGGCAAUCAACUACAACCGUCCCCGGAGAUUGUGCUUCGCUUACAGCACUUGGCCUUCGGAAUUCGAAAGCAAUGGUGGACCCUGGCCAAACAUCAAGGGAACGAAGAGCAAGAGCUAUUAGAACCAUUCGCCAAGUGUGUUAUCGCCUUCACUCGCAGGUCACAGUUUUCGCCAAGUCAGAAGUACAGACUGGCCGAAUCUUUGUGUGUGGAUCUGAUGGAGCAGCAGUGUGAUUCAAGACCGACCAAAAAUGAAGCUCAAGGGCCUGCUACUGCUGUCAAUAAGACUCUAUGCUCUCUUGCUCAAGCUGCAGGAUUGGCUGACGAGGCACUUCGCUGGUUAGAACCGUUGCGCUCAUCUCCAACCUCUAGCGCUUCUGCAGCGAAGCAAGCGGCUAGACUUGUUCGUGUUGCCACAAUCUCGAUAGAACCUUUUCUGAAAGGUGACAACAACUCCAGCCUAGAAGAGACUAUUACAGGCGCACUUGAUGUUUUGAAAGGGAGCUUGGGUGGAUCUGCAUCGGACCUGGAAUCUCUCUUCAUGGAGGUGAACUCUCUGAGACGCACUGCUACACGACUGCUAGUUGCAUGCCUUUCGAAGUCUGUAGAUUUACCCGAGCGCCCUUUAAUCGAACAACAGGUUAUCACUGUUAUCGCAUCAACUGUACGCUUCUCGGCUCGAUUUAUCGGUACAAAGCUUCAGACAGGAGCUGAUUCGAAGGCGCAACUCCGUCACAGCGAAAGGAUUACUAUGGCAUGGAAAUGCUCAAAGAGUAUGGUGGAUUCUGCAUUAACAUGUUGCAAGCAUACCAUCGAGACUGAAGAUCAAUGGAAAGAGCUGGACACCUUAUUUCAGGAGUGUUUGCACAUAUUGGAACGAUUCAAGGAGGAGUAUGAAAGUACUACCACGUUUGAUUCCCAAGAGAACCAGCUCAUUCAGGCAUGCAUCGUUAAGCUUUCGAGUGCUUACUGGGCUGUUCAUCUACAGCUACGGAAAACCCGCUUGGAUCCAGAGUGGUUCAUAAUAGCCAUGCAGCGUUCCAUAAGUAUUGUGCAGUCUAGAUCACAAGCCGAAAAGGAAGCAGCGCAUCUUUCUAUGAAGCUUGAACAAUUAGGAGAAAGUCUAGAGAGUCUGGACCACGCGGAACGUUCCCGGAAGGCUUUCGCUCAGAGCAUUCAGAGCCAUAUCCACCCGGCUAUAUCACAACUUCUUUCCGAUCAUGCGGCAAAAUACCCGGUGCAAAAGGUAUUCGAUUGUGACGGACCUUUUCAUGGUCUGGCUAGGGUGCUAAAAGUAUACCACCGAUCGUUCCUCAAUUACGGUAUUCGAACUGCGGGUGAAAUGGCAUUCUACGACAACGAUGAGGUUGAAGCCGGGGCUAGAGGAGCCUUGUUGGAGUGGCAAUUGGCGCUCUACGUGCGUGUUCUCUCUAGGAAUCGCCAAUGGGAUUCCAACCUAAACAACUCGGUAGUCUGCCUAGCGGAGCGACUUCGUGAAGUUUACGCACCAGAUAGAUAUCCCCUAAGAAGCUUCAGGGUGUCCAUCAUGCUUCUUCACCUCUCACAAAGCCACCCACACAUCUUGCCCAAAGAAGCUUUACCAAUGGACGCGUCACCCGCGAACGUAAUCUCGACUGCGGGCUCAGAAGAUUCCGGAUUAAAGAUGUUUGAAGGACACUUGAGGGCACUGUAUGGCCUUAAAUGGUCUAUGCAGCAACGAAAUCUGCCUACAUCGACAUUUCGGGAGAGUUUCUCGAUCUGGGAAUCCCUUGUUAACUCUGCUUCUUCAUGGGACGCUUUGGCUGGUCAUGUGGACAACGUCGAGGAUUGGCUACAAGACGUCCAUGCCAGCGUCGAGUUACUCAAUGCGAAGGGUGAAGAAUAUCUUGUACUGCCAGUACUUCAUCUCCUGGUAAAAGCGUACGAGUUGCAGAAGUGUCCAGAAGCGUCAGAUCUGGCUACUGCCUUGUGUACACUGGGCUUGCAGUUCCUACGCCUUGGGUAUACUGGAAAAGCUGGACUGUCUUUUGCUAAAGCCGAAGCUUUGAUCGCACGUCAGAGUACCUCAACUGAGACCAAGUUACGGUGGUAUAUCGGCUACGCUGAAUAUCUCUUAGGAAUCGGAAACAUCACCAAAUGUGAAACGAUCAUGGCGGAUGCUCACUCAGUGGCCCUCGCAGACCAACAAUUCAUGGUUCUGGCGAAGCCUUCGACCCCCCUUUCUGGUCGGUUACGCUUCAAUAGGAUCUUGGCGGACGCCUCCUAUGUUUAUUCGCUUUUGGCGGCCGCGGCUGGCUCAUACAAGGAAGGUGCUAGGCAUGCACGACAGUGUGUAUUGCUCAACCGACAUAUCUGGGCUGCAUUAGAGUCAAGAAUCAGUGUGAAGAAGCCUAAUUCUACUGAUGAUAUUGGAUCAGAUGUGGAUGGCUCGAGUCGAGCGGCUAUCGAUCCCUUGGGCUCCAUGCGAAACGACAACGGCGUACCUCUUGUUAUGUCUGUCACGCACGAUGCACUCAGUGGAGCUGAUUUCUGGACAUUGGUCCCUGCGUUAUACCGUGCAUUGAUGCAACACUCCCAGGUUUUCGCCAAUCAGGGGCUGCUACAUGAGGCUCUAUAUCUUGCAGAACAAGCCGAGAAGGUAGCUUCAGCCACCAACUCACCAACACUCAUGACCGAUAACGCUAGUUGGCGGGCAGACUGCUGGGCUCAGAGUGGCAGAACCGACAAAGCCGAAGCCAUCCUCGAAUCUCUCAAACAUUGUUCAUCGCGCACUUGUUUAUCGGUUGCAGGCUACCACUCAGCGCUCGCCCGAACCGAACAUUGUAACGGUCGAUAUAAAGAGGAGGUUGCCUUAUACAGCACUCUGGAACAGCUACUGGGUGAUCUUAGUUCACCAGCAUAUAUCAAAUCCCUGGAAAGCUUUUUACCAUCGGUCGAAACGCUUACAGAACAGAUCUCGAAUAUGAGUCUUGAAGCCACAGAGACGUCAAAAGUGAAACCAGGUACAAGAGGUCGAAAACCUGCAUCCAAACCUGCAUCCAAACCUGCACCUCGAGCGGUCUCAAAGCCUGCUACAAAGGCUCGCCUUAAAGCCGGUACAGGAGCUACUACAAACGUAGUUCCGACAACCAAACGUCAAGCUGUUGCACCGCCGGCUCCAGAUACAUUCAGUGCUGCUGACCAAUGCUCCAUACUGUGCGUCUUGCAAACUAAUAUUAUGGACCGCGGAGUCCUUGCGAAUAUCCUGCAGGACGACCUCGCCAACGCCUUGGAUCUACUUGCACGGGCGGAGAAGCUUCAAAACGGUCUGACUCGAGAAGUCUCGCACAUGUGGGCUUCCUUCAAAGCAAGAGUUGCGCAGAGUGUCAAGCAGAUUGCCGAAGAUUUUACUGUCAACACGCUACCCGAAUCUACCAUCGCCUUCCCGGCUAUCGGUCUUGGGGAACGAAGGUCAUCUGAGGGGUCGGCUCCUAAACGAGGCACCCUUGCGUCUUCUACUACAUCCAAGGGCGUUCGAGCAAAAAAGCAGACCAAAGAAGAUUUCCUGAAGACAUUACGUGACGCCCGAGAGCACCUCGUAGAAGCAUAUGGAUUGUCCCUCGCUAAUGGAUCGAAUCAUUUGUUCCAACAAAUCUGUAUGGCAUUGGGACAUAUCACAGUUCUUUUGUCAGCAGUCUCCGGGACAGAAUUGCGCGGCUCGCUUCACCCGUUGUACGCAGCAUAUAUGAGUGAGAUCCCGAAAUGCAAUGCCCUGAGGCUCGCACAAGAGUCAACAGAGGGCGAAAAGGAUCAGAUGUCGCGCGAUGAACGUUUGCGAUGGCCAGUAUUCAAUCCCUCAAACUUCGCCCUUACAUCUGUGUCAGAGUUCCAGAAGGACUACGUCGACAUUAUCCCUGAGACCUGGACGGCCGUGUCAUUGGCGCUCAAUGAAGCUCACGAUGAACUCUAUAUUACUCGCUUCGAGAGCAGCGCGUCUCCAUUCGUGUUGAGGUUGCCUCUAGCUCGCCACGCUUCUCGUGAGAUGGAUGAGGAAGAAUUUUCCUUUGAAGAUGGUAAGAGAGACUUCGACGAGAUCAUCGAACUCAGUGACUUCAGUACUCGGUCCGCCAAGGACAUGACCUCAAGAGAGGCUCGGCAGCAAUGGUGGGCCGAGCGCGAGGCUCUGGACAAUCGACUACAUGAGCUCCUCAUCAACAUGGAGAAUAUUUGGCUCGGUGGCUUCAAAGGCGUUUUUUCGCAAACUGAGAGACAGCCUGCUCUGCUAGCACGCUUUCGAAAGUCUCUAGAGAACAUCUUGAACCAGCACUUGCCGUCUCGCAGGAAGAAAAGUCCGCUGAAACGGCCCGUUUUGGACACGCGAGUCCUGGAGCUAUUUAUUGGGUUGGGAGACGCUACCGACGAAGAUAUUGACCUUGACGAAGCACUUAUGGAUCUCAUCUACUUUGUGGUCGAUAUACUUCAGUUCAACGGUGAGCGGAAUGCCUACGAUGAGAUCGACUUCGAUGCAAUGGUUGUCGAAGCACACGAAGCAUUAUGUGCCUACCACAGCGCAUCGCAUAAGCUAGAUGCUGCCUCUCGACACACGAUACUAAUCCUCGACAAGAACCUGCAUGCUUUCCCAUGGGAAUCGCUGCCUUGCCUUGAGCAAUUGUCCAUUUCUCGCCUUCCUUCGCUUGCUGCCCUGCGCGAACGAUUACUCGCUGCGAGAACUUCAAGAACUCGGUCAGAUGCAGCCCCCGGCCACCACAUAUGCGUUGAUACUGGAGGCACAAGCAUCCUUAAUCCAUCUGGCGACUUAACUCAUACCUCAAAAACGAUCAAGCCGCGUCUAGAUGAUCUCCAGGGUCCAUGGAAGCACAUUGCAAACCGCGCGCCAUCGGAGCAGGAAUUUGAAGACUCCCUACGGGAAAAAGACCUCGUUCUUUACUUCGGCCACGGAAGCGGCGCACAAUACAUCAAGUCAAAGUCCGUCCGUCGUCUCUAUCCUGGGCAGCAGGAUGAGCACGACAAGAAGCCCGGCUGCGCGACAACGCUCCUCUUCGGCUGCUCAUCUGUCCAUCUCACUGAAAAUGGUAUCUAUGAGCCUUCAGGGAUGUUGGCAUCAUACCUCACCGCUGGUGCACCUGCUGUGGUUGGCAUGCUCUGGGACGUUACAGACAAGGACUGUGACCGCUUUGCUGUCAAAGCGGGUGAGCUUUGGGGACUGUGGCCUGAGCCUCAGGAAGAGGCUGCUGUCAAUGCGCCUAAGACGCCCGCGAAGACACCCGCGAAGAAAUCAAAGGGCAAGGGCAGAGCCGCGCAGUUAGUAGACCAAGCGGAGGGGGCGAGAGGCUCUAGGACCGUGAGCAAGGUAAAUAAAGGGAUGGGUCUGGAUGAAGCAGUGAGAGAGGCGAGGAAGGCAUGUGUUUUGAAAUAUUUGAAUGGUGCGGCUGCUGUGGUGUAUGGGAUCCCGGUGUAUUUGGAGUAGGCUACUCCAUUUGAGGGUAGAAGUGGGAAGAUAUAGAGAAAUACACAAAGUUGCUAGUCACGCCU